UGCAUCCCUUCUGCCGCUCAACUCUUCUUACUUCUUCUGCGUCGUACCAGCCGCAGCGUCCUGCUUCUGAUCAUCUGUCUCUUGUUCCAGUCGCAAAGUGGCCACUCGCGAAACUGGCAUACUACGGGCGUAUGCACUCUCAGCUCCGACGGCGAGAUAGCAAGGCUGCCAUUGCGCUCGACAGAGGUGAUAGCAAUCCCUUUGCAGCGAACGAGAGCUAUCAGGUGUACCAAGACUUCGGGCCCUUGGCUCAUUCCGAACCAAGGGGCCAGGCGGUGCCCAUGUCGGAGUACGAAAAGACCCCGACGUUUGGCGUGUAUGAGUAUCACACGGCCAGAAGACCCAGCCCGGCACACGACUACCGCUCAUUCGCGGCCACCUAUCAGGCAUACCCUGCAAGCUAUGGAGGCCCACCGUCUCAGGUGCCUUCAGGUCUACCGCAGUUGGCUGCAACCUCGCACACCCCCACCGCACAUCAAUACAGCCCGCAUGAUCCUUCGCAUUAUGCGCCGCAAAAUGUCCAAUACUCUGGAUACGUCGACACUACCGCCGCAUCUCGCCCGCUGCCAGAAGUGAUUUCGUACAGCCCGGUUCACGGACAAGCCGGCACGAAAGUUACAAUUCGCCUGCGAUCCGGCCAUGAUCUAGACUCUCCAUCAAUGACUCCGGUCAUCAUGUUUGGGCAGAAGCGCUGCCCCGGAUUCUUGUCGAGGACUACGAGUCAGCCGAGCACCAGCUUCGAUUACUCGUUGACAACAGAGGCACCACCGCUCACGCCCACGAGCACUCCGUCUCCUCAAUUCCCGCUGGUGUUGACAUUCGAAGACAGCUCUGUCAAUGGGCAAGCUUUGUCGACGGAAUUCGGGAAGUUUACCUACCUCGACGACGCUACCUUUCAGCAACCCAUCCACUCCACUCCUCGGACUGGAACGAUGAGGAAGCGCAAGCUCGACGCAGAAGCAUCUCCACGACGUUCGCCAACGAAGAAGCCUUCGAUGCAUAACCUUUCUGCAGCCGCCGGUGCUUACCGCCAACCGGCACCAUCAUCGCCCGUCCAGCUGCGCAACGCCGGGGAACCAUAUUCCCACACUCGCCGCUUCAGUGGGCCCGACUUCCAGCAGCAAACUUUCCAGCAGCCGCCUCACAAGCUUCGAGCCGCUCGAUCCAUGUAUUUCCCGUCGGCCCAACCAACGCCGUCGUUGCACGCACCUCCCACGCCUACAUGGAGCCAAAUGGGAGAUCCGCAGCAGCAGGGCAGGCUGUAUGGAAUGAACAAGACGUCCAUCGUGCCCUUGCCAUCGCCCAAUCCAUCGCUGGUGCGAACGUCUACACUGCAACAGUCGCCGACGAUGCCUAGUGCUGCCAUCGCGCAACCGCAAUUCAACCCAUACGCGAUGAUGUACCCUUCCAAAGCCGCGCUCAAACUCGAAGGCGAUCUCAAUUCCAUGACCUACAAAUGGACUGCUGAAGAGUGGGAGGCGGGAAGGAGGCUGGUUCAAUUCCGACGCAGCCAACAAGGAAGCACCAUCAGUGCCAGCUUCGAGGCAGUCACGCUGGAAGACCGCAUUCCGAACAGCAUCUGUGUGAGCUGCAUCUGGUGGGCGGAGAAGGAGGAGUGCUUCGUCACGAGCGUGGACACCAUCUCGCUGCUGGAGUCCUUGGUGAGCGUCCGCUUCACGGUCGAAGAGAAGAAUCGGAUCCGCCGGAACUUGGAGGGCUUCCGGCCUCUGACGGUGUCGAAGACGAAGCAAGACAGCGACGAUUUCUUCAAACUGAUCAUGGGGUUCCCAAAUCCCAAACCGAGGAAUAUUGAAAAAGAUGUCAAGGUGUUCCCCUGGCGCAUCCUGGCCACCGCUCUGAAGAAGAUCAUUGGCAAAUACUCCGCAAGCUACGCGUCCACCGCCGGCGCGCUGCAUGGCCCAGGGCAGCCAGAGCACCAGCAGCAGCGCUUACUUGCAUCCCCGCUCUCGACAUCCUCCGGUUCCGCAGCGUCACAUGGCCAGGCAUAUGCAUCCAGCAUGGCCAGUGCCUACCCCAUGAACCCCAUGGCAACAACGGGACUGGGCAUCGUCGGCCUCUCGCAGCCCACCAUGGGCGGCCCCCCGCUAUCCGAUCUGCGGAUGACGCCGGUGAAUCAAUCGACCACAUGGCGCGUCUCGCCGCACCACUACUCCGGCCAGCACAUGUCCGAGCGCGCCGCGCCGUGGGAGCUCAGCGAUGCCUUUGCGCAACCCUCGCCGCAAAUCGGCUUGCCGACUCCGAGCAUGCCCACCUCCCGCCCGCCACAGCUUCCCUUUUCCGCCCAUCAUCAGCAUCCUCCCGCGCUGUCGCUGCCCUUGACUCCUCGCUUCGUCCCGCUGGAGAACUAUGGAGGUCAGAAUCAGCAGACAUCCAAUGCGUGAUGACCUUUCCUCCAGCGAUGAAGCGCCUCUCCCUUGACACCCCCUUCAUUCAUUGGCUAAGCCGCCAUCCAGCCUUGUGGUCGCACAACGCCGUCCGGCCCCUUUGUCGACUUGUCAUGCAUGCGUGCAACGCCUACUUGCAUGACGUGCAGAUC